GCGGAACAUCAGAUGUCAUCGCGCGACGGACGAACGUUUGGACAUAUAAGCGGCGUGGAGGUUGGCACAAAUUUCAACUCAAAAGCUAUGUUAGCUGAGGCAGGCGUACAUAAACUACCCCAAUCUGGCAUACACGGGGAUAAAGAGCUCGGCGCAUUUUCCAUAUGUUUGUCCAAAGGGUACGAGGAUAAUGUCGACAGGGGAAAUACCAUUACAUAUGUUGGCUCAGGUGGACAAGAUGAAGAUGGAAAACAAAUAGCCGACCAGUCCCCUGAUUCUGGAAGUAAUAGAGCCAUGUUUAUCUCGGAAGAAACCAAACGUCCAGUGCGAGUCGUACGCGGAGCGAAUGACGACAAUGCUUAUUCCCCACGCAAAGGUUUUCGUUACGACGGGUUGUAUGUCGUUGAUGAGGCCAAGAUGAUGGACGGAAAGAAAGGCUUUAAGAUGUGCACCUUCACGCUGAAACGAAUUGAAGAGGAAGGCCAGAAGCCGAUACCAAUAAGGCGCACCCUCACCAAAGGCAAACUGGCAAAGAUGCUGAAGAAAACUCGUACUGGGUAAUCUGCCCGUCAUGGUUCUGAUAUCUUGGCUUUUCAAUUGUCAUGUACUAUAAUAUCCUCAUACCCAUGUAGUGUGUACAGUCAUCUGCUUGCAUUUGUAGUUUUAAGACGUUUAUUAUCAGUUUACCUGAAGCAAUCCAUAUAUAUGUAUUUUAUGCGGCAGAUCCCGUGACAGACCUACCUUUGUAUCUGUUUAAACUUGAAAAUGAGACCUCUCUCUAGUCUAA